AUGAUCUCUUUGUCAUCACUUUUAUUGGAGAAAAGUGGAAGAAUGGACGACUUGUUGCUGCAAAUGGAUGCACAGCUGAGGCUGUAUUUGUGGACAAUUCAUGAGUUAAAUGCCAUUAAAUACGCGACUGAACUGCAGAAUGCGAGUCGCAAUCAGAUUCGCGUCAGUCAUUACAAAAAGCGAUGGAGGGAUCGGUAUAUCAAACCCGCGUCCAAACCACACACCACUCAAGGUCUACCACAUGACACCAAAAUAGAUCCCGAGAAGAAUGUCUACGAAGACGGCGAUGAAGUGAGAUGUGGAUUUCCAGGUCUACCACAUGACACCAAAAUAGAUCCCGAGAAGAAUGUCUACGAAGACGGCGAUGAAGUGAGGUAUAGCUGUCCUUACGAUAAGAUCUAUGUCAAGACACAGACCAAGAAAUGUGUGGCCGGUGUGUGGACUGGCCCGCGAUCCACGUGCGGCUACUUUAUUAAGAAUCAGUUAAUGAAUGUUAAAGUUAUUAAUCUGCAAAACAAUAAGACUAUUGUUGACAUGAUUACCAGUAAUUACUCAAACAGUGAAUACCCGGCCUGUUAUUAUGAUGGAAAGGCUACCGCAGUGCUGGUGCCCGACGCACAGGUGGCCCACGACUGGCACUUUGAGUUCUCCAGUUCCAUGUUCUUUGAUUUUUUCCUAUUGAAUAUCAAAAUCCCAAAACUGGGUCUACAGGUCAGGGGUGCGAGCAAUGAGAUCGACUCAAUGAGGGUCAGGAAUAUUCGUAUAGAGGGCGAGGAGGAUAGGACCUGUGCUCUCGAUUUCAGCACUCGUGACAAAUGGACUAAAAUAUUCUGGUUCUGGUGUACGGAAAGUGUGGAUAAAGUCCUGAACAGAACUCUUGAAAUUAAAUUCACAACAUAUUCGAGUCAAACAAUUAAAUCGAUAGGAUUGCACCAGGUCUACUUCACUGGAAAGGCUACCGCAGUGCUGGUGCCCGACGCACAGGUGGCCCACGACUGGCACUUUGAGUUCUCCAGUUCCAUGUUCUUUGAUUUUUUCCUAUUGAAUAUCAAAAUCCCAAAACUGGGUCUACAGGCCAGGGGUGCGAGCAAUGAGAUCGACUCAAUGAGGGUCAGGAAUAUUCGCAUUGAGGGCGAGGAGGACAGGACCUGUGCUCUCGAUUUCAGUACUCGUGACAAAUGGACUAAAAUAUUCUGGUUUUGGUGUACGGAAAGUGUGGAUAAAGUCCUGAACAGAACUCUUGAAAUUAAAUUUACAACAUAUUCGAGUCAAACAAUUAAAUCGAUAGGAUUGCACCAGGUCUACUUCACGAAACUGCAAUACUGUGGCCACCCAACUGUCCCUCUUAUGGCCAAAUAUGUGCCCAACAAUGAGGAGACCCAACAGAUUGUAUGCGAUCCCAAAGUCUCCUAUGAUAUCAACUCUGCCGCCAACUCUUCGGAUUUGAUUUUAUCUGAUGACCAGUUGAUGGGCGACUGUUUGGACAACGAGUAUUGGGCCGGUAAUCCUAAAUGUGUGCCCAAAUUAUACUGUAAAGUGGAGCUCAAUGAAGUAUCCGAAGAGAUAAUGUCUGUGAAAAACGCGUAUAUCUUUGACAAAAACAAAUGGUAUGCCAUCGAAGGGACGUCCAUUAGCUUUAGAUGCAAACCUGGCUUCGAGUUCGUCACCGACUCAUUUCGCACAUGUCUUUACAACUCAACGUGGGAUCAAAUGGCACCCGUAUGUAGAAAUGCCGAGAAAGGUUUCACGGUUCCGGUGAUUAUAAUUCUGGUGGUAAUCGUAAUAUUAGUCAUUGUAUUACUGGUUGCGGUGAUAAUGAGACGAAGAAAUAGCCGAAUGAAAAGCGAACCAAAUAUGGACUUUAAUGGCAAAGAAGAUGAUUUCAACACUUAUGAUGACAUUUACCACAACGGAAACGAAGACUAUGCGGAUCCGACAUAUUAUGAACAUUUGGGGCAAAAUAGAUAUGAG